ACAGUAAUUAGUAACUCGUAGUGAAAUUUGAAUCGGAACCUGUCGUCGUAAUCCACAAACCGAAUCUCAUGAAUCGCAAAUAACAACGAAAUGAAAUGCAGAUUCAGUUAUUGAGUUGAGAAACCGUAACCGAAUUCGUAACUGAUUCAUCAAUGAAGUGCAGAUCCGUUGCGUGCAUAUGGUCAGGCACACCCUUCCCCUCCGCUCACAAACUAACCGCCGUCGCCGCCUUCACCCAACCACCAUCUCCCGCCUUCUACACCGCCGGAUCCGAUGGCUCCAUCAUCUGGUGGUCCCUUUCCAAUUCCAAUUCCACUUCCACUUCCGCUCCGGAAGUUAAAUCGGUUGGAGUGUUGUGUGGUCACGCAUCACCGGUCACUGAUCUCGCUCUUUGUAGUCCGAUAUCAGCUGAAGAAAACGAUAGCAUUUCAAGUAGAACUAAUUUUAGUGCAUUGAUAAGUGCUUGUUGUGAUGGUUUCUUGUGUGUGUGGAGUAAAAGCAGUGGACAUUGUCGUUGUAGAAGGAAAUUACCACCUUGGGUUGGUACUCCUCUUGUGAUUCGAACACUUCCUUCGACACCGAGAUAUGUAUGUAUAGCUUGUUCUUUUGUGGAUUGUUAUUCUGUUAAUGAUGAGUUAGGAGAUAGAGAGAAUCACCACAGGAAGAAUUAUAAAUCUACUAUCCUUAUUGUGGAUACGUAUUUGCUUUCGAUUACUCAAACGGUUUUUCAUGGAUAUUUAUCGAUUGGUCGCAUCAAGUUUAUGUCACUAGUUUUAUCGGAUGAUGAUGAAAAAAGGAAUUUAGUGUUUGUGGCUGAUUCUUAUGGGAAACAACAGAUGGUUACAAUAUUAGAUGAUUCUCGUGAUUGUGUGGAAAGCUUGGUGACUCCGCGUAGUGAUAAGUCUCCAUCGGGUACUUCUUUUCCGGCCGAGGGUUUCGGUGAUGUGGAUCAAGUUAUUUCAGUUUUGACUUUUGAGAAUAUUGUUGGUUUUAUAUUGAAAGAUAGAUGUAUUUUUAGGUUAUUGUCUAGUGAUACCGUGAUUGGAGAAGUUUCGUUUGUUGAUAACCUUUUUUCUGAUGGACAUUCCAUUCAAGCACAUGCUAUUGGCGGCGUUGUUCUUGAAAGUGAUGAUGUGGGGAGUACACCUAAUGCCUAUGAAUGUGGCGAUUUGAUUCCAGUACAUUUUGUUGUGUGGAAUAAUAGAGGUUAUGCAAUUAUCUAUGAAAUAUCGUAUCAGAAUGAUGUUUUUCAGUGCAAACCCUAUUCUGAGAUUCCUGCUGGUCAUUAUCAACCAGAGAUAAGAUUGUCUAUUUUUUUCCUACAAAUAAAUCAAAAUCUUGUGUGCAUCAAGUCAGUUUGCUUUCAUCACGAGGAACCUUUACUAUGGAGACCACAUAUCACAAUUUGGUCAUUGCAUCAAUUUGAUGAUAAACCUGGAAGAUUGUGCCGUCAAUGCAAAAUGAUCAGUGAUGGCGUAUCUUCCACCAACUGGUUUGAGACGUCUACUCAGCCCCACCUAUAUGAUGAUCUAGAUAUUAAAUCAACCUUUGGGGGUUCAAGUCCAGGUUCUGAGAACAUACACAACAUACAUGAAGAGAGCUUAAGUAAUUAUUAUCCUUACAAGGGGAAGAUAGUUUCUUCUUCCAUGAUUAUUGCUGAGAACCUUUAUACACCAUAUGCUGUGGUAUAUGGAUUUUUUAGUGGAGAAAUAGAGGUUGUAAGAUUUGAUCAGUUUCCAGGGAUUUUUCUGGAUGAUGCAAGUUCCAAUCCUGAUGAAAAGCCAACUUCUUGCAAACAGAAUUUCAUAGGACAUACAGGUGCUGUACUUUGUUUGGCAGCACAUCACAUGACGUGUAGUUCAAAAUGCUGCACCUUUAAUCGAGUUUUGAUUUCUGGCAGUAUGGAUUGCACAAUUCGUGUAUGGGAUCUUGACACUGGCAGUCUUAUUAAGGUAAUGCAUCAUCAUGUGGCCGCAGUGCGUCAAAUUAUUCUUCCCCCUUCUUUGACAGGACAUCCUUGGAGUGACUGCUUUCUUUCAGUUGGAGAGGAUGCAUGUGUUGCCCUUGUUUCUCUUGAUACUCUGCAGGUGGAAAGAAUGCUUCCUGGACAUAUGAACUAUCCUUCAAAAGUUUUAUGGGAUGGAGCAAGAGGUUAUAUUGCCUGUCUCUGUCAAACACAUUAUGGAACUUCUGAUGGUGAUGUAUUAUACAUCUGGGAUGUAAAGACAGGCUCCCGUGAGCGACUCAUACGGGGGACAGCUGCACAUUCUAUGUUUGAUCAUUUUUGUAAAAGUAUCUGUAUGAAUUCUAUAUGUGGCUCUGUGCUGAAUGGAAAUACAUCAGUCUCUUCAUUACUUCUUCCAAUAGUUGAUGAUGCAAAGUUCUCUAACUCUCCCUUAAGUCAUACAGGGAACUUGCUUCCUUCAUCGAAGUCUUCGCCAAGUAUUUCAAGUACAGCCGAGCUGAGUUCUUCCAAACCAAAGGCAGGUAAAGGAAAUUCAGCAAAGCCAAAUUCAUCUUCUUUGCUUGGUCUUUUGAGUAACAACCUUCCUAUCAAAUGCUCUUGCCCAUUCCCUGGUAUUGUGUCUAUGAGUUUUGAUCUUGCUUCAUUGAUGUUCCCUUUUCAAAAGAGUGAUUCCAUGGAGAAUGGUGACGGUAAGCUUGUGAAUAUCAACUUGAAGCAUAAGGGUGUUCAAGAGCAAAAUCCAGCCUUCCAUAAUCCUGAAACUUCAGAGGGGCACGAUUGGGUUGGCUUUGAAGAAUACCUACUGCGAUACAGUUUGUCAUUUUUACAUUUGUGGAACGUAAACAGUGAGCUUGAUAAUUUGCUGAUAAGUGAUAUGAAACUGAGGAGACCGGGAAAUUUUAUAGUAGCUUCGGGUCUGCAGGGAGAUAAAGGAUCAUUGACAUUGUCAUUUCCUGGUCAGAGUGCUACUCUUGAGCUAUGGAAAUCAUCAUCCGAGUUUUCUGCAAUGAGAUCAUUGACUAUGGUAUCCCUUGCCCAACGUUUGAUUAGCUUGUCUCACUCAAGUUCAGCAGCCAGCAGUGCAUUAGCAGCAUUCUAUACUCGGAAUUUCUUGGAAAAUUUUCAAGAUCUGAAACCACCUUCAUUACAGCUUUUGGUUGCUUUUUGGCAAGAUGAAAGUGAACAUGUACGUAUGGCUGCCCGUUCUAUAUUUCACUGUGCUGCCUCUCAUGCUAUUCCUCUACCUCUAUGCAAUUCAAAACCUAAUGAGUCAAAUAAUACAAUCUCCCAAUCUGGAGGUAGAGACGAACAUCUGGGAGAUGUGGUAGUAGAAAACAUAUCUCCUAAGGCCGAAAAACAAGAAAUUUCCCAGGAUGAAGAAUCUAAGAUACUUACUUGGCUAGAGUCAUACGAAGUGCUAGAUUGGAUUUCUUGUGUUGGUGGAACAAGUCAAGAUGCAAUGACAUCUCACAUUAUUGUUGCUGCUGCACUGGCUAUUUGGUAUCCCAGUCUUGUAAAACCUAAACUUUCAAUGUUAGUUGUUCAUCCAUUACUGAAGUUGGCUAUGGCCAUGAAUGAGAAAUACAGCUCCACUGCUGCUGAACUUCUUGCGGAGGGCAUGGAGAGCACAUGGAAAGAAUGCAUGGUCUCUGAGAUUCCUCGUCUAAUUGGGGAUAUCUUUUUCCAAGUGGAGUUGAGUGGCCCAUCUUCCAAGUCAGUGACUGAAAUUCCAGCCACAUCUUUUUCUAUUAAACAGACUUUGGUUGAGGUUCUCCUUCCAAGUUUAGCUAUGGCUGAUAUACCAGGUUUUUUGACAGUGAUCGAAAGCCAAAUUUGGUCAACUGCAUCUGAUUCACCCGUCCACAUGGUUUCUUUAUUGACUCUCAUAAGGAUUAUGCGUGGUUCUCCAAGAUAUUUGGCUCAGUACCUUGACAAGGUUGUCAACUUCAUUUUACAGACUAUUGAUCCUAGCAACUCAGUUAUGCGUAAGGCAUGCUUCCAGAGUUCAAUGACAACUUUCAAAGAAGUUGUGCGUGUAUAUCCUAUGGUAGCUGUCAAUGAGUCUUGGACCAGACUAGCAGUUGGAGAAGUGAUCGGAGAAGUUAACAAUGCAAGCAUUAGGGUCUAUGAUAUGCAAAGUGUGACAAUGGUAAAGGUUUUGGAUGCAAGUGGGCCACCGGGACUUCCAAGUUUGCUCACAGCUACGGCUUCAGGAACCUUGUCAACUACUGCGAUCUCAGCGCUAAGCUUUUCACCAGAUGGAGAGGGGCUGGUUGCUUUUUCGGAACACGGGCUCAUGAUUAGAUGGUGGUCACUGGGAUCUUUCUGGUGGGAGAAACUGAGCCGAAAUUUUGUUCCUGUCCAGUGCACAAAACUAAUAUUUGUCCCUCCUUGGGAGGGAUUUUCACCAAAUUCGUCCCGGUCAAGCAUUAUGGCCAGCAUUUUGGAUACUGAAAAGCAGCCGAAUUUGCAGGAUAAUAUGAAGGAUUCAAAUCAUGGGGACAGCUUGAAACAAUUGCUUCAUAAUCUGGAUCUCUCUUACCGAUUAGUAUGGGUCGCUGAUCGGAAAGUACUCCUGACAAGGCAUGGUAAUGAAUUGGGCACUUUUCAGUUGUAGUGUUUAUCUAAAAUUCGUGCUGGAGAUUUCAGGGGUUUCACAAUUUUAGUCAAGGCUUUACGGUGAAAUGACUCUUCAGCGUGUAUAGCAGCCAGCUCAAACCCACAACAGAAGAUUUUUUUAAUAAGCUCAUGCUAGAAUACUGUUGGAGGAGAUAUUCAUUGGAGCACUUACAAUUCAACACCGCCUUUACGAGGAUUAUUGAGAACAACAAAGAUGGAUUCAAUUCCACUUAGCUACGCUCCUCAGGAAAUCCUUUUAAAAGGAACGUUUUGGGCGGAACCGAAAUACAUGCGGAGUAAAUUUGGCGAUUAUUUUAAGAAAAAUAUUGAUAAAACAAGAAAGGGACCCUUACAAUUUUGCAACUGUUGGCAACUUAUUCGUGGUUAUGGACCAAAUAGUUACGAAAUUGUUCUAAAGGAGUCGCCACUGUGAUUGUUUAUUUGGUCAAUACAUAUAAAUAAGUUAAACAAUUCUUCAAGUUUCCAAAGAAUUUUGGUGAAAUGUUAGUCAUGGUAGAUAGGGAGCAGAGAGGCUUGUGCAAUGUGCAGUUUUUUCUUAGAGAAAAUAUAUAUUAUCAGAGCAAAUUAGGUUGAUCUCUUGUGUAUAUUAUAUAGAAGAAGACAGAAUUCAUUUGUUUUAUUCAUUUUUCCUCAACAUUUGUACAGGCGUUCUAUUUUUCUUGAA